CGCAAAAGGUGUUUUAAGUAAAGCAGUCGACGCGACGGAAGUGACGUCGAUUCAGAGAAGUAACGUGACAUAAACUUCGGUUUCACUUUUGCAGACAUGUCAGUGUGGUUUACGGCCACGAAACCUGAAGAUAACGCGACAAACCGUAUAAAUCCAACCAGUUGCCAAGAACCGCGUCGAGCCGCAGCACCCCGAGAGUCGGCCGCGGAUGUUCAGGAGGACGAAAGCGCGUUUAUGAGCUGCUAGUGCAGCCUGCAACAAGCUAACGUUAGCCAGCAGCGAGCUAGCCUGUGGUCACGCAGUACGCACAGGAGCUCGGUGAAGGACGAUGGAUGGCGUCAGCUGGAGCACCUCAAGGGCCCAGGAGUCGUUCAGCCGCUCCAAGACGGCAGCAGACACACUGUCGAGGCUCGCCAGCUUCAUUGCCCGGGCCGAACCAAAACCGCACACACGGAACCAGAGGCAGCAGCCACCUCACCUGGCCACAUAUGAUUGUCAAGAAUGUGGUAAGGGCGUCUCUACUGCAACAGAUUUGUUGCAUCAACAAGGACUGAAAAACGCAUUACCUAAGCCUCACCGUUGUCCGUCCUGUGGGCAGGAGUUCUCCCUGAAGUCGUCCUUACAACUACACAAGUGCAAUCAGGACGCUUGCCAGUGUGAACGGUGUCCUGGAGAGUCCCAGCUGAGUUCUACGGGCCCCUGGUGCACAACCUCGCAUCCCAGCAGUCGAAGGGGCGAAGCGCCUCACUGCCAGCCUCGCCUCCUGGACGGUAGCCCUUACGGGUGCGCCCCCUGUGGGAGAGGCUUCAGCCAGAAGCAGGCUCUGCUGCACCAUCAGCAAGCUGGUUGUAGUGAAUCUCUGUCAGAUAUACUUAAUGCAAAUGCCCUUCCAGAUGACUGUUCACCUGUUUCUGAGGGAGACUCGGCCCACUCGGAUCCCUCGGACAUGGCAGGGCCUGGCUGCAGAGCUGUCAGUGUGUGCCAAUUCUGUUCCACAACGUUCCGCACUGAGUCUGGGCUGCAACGCCACAAUCUGACCUACCAUGCCCAAAAGGGGCUAAAGACCAAGGGGGGAUGUUCUGGCAGAGAGGAACGGAAUACCAAGGUGAAGGGAGAUGUGAUUAAAAUGCAUAAAUCCAAAACCAAGCUUCUGGACUGCCGCUCUUGCGACAUGGUUUUCAGGAGCACUGCUAAGCUGUACAUGCACAGAAAAGAAAAGCACAGCCGUGAAAAAAACAUAAUAGAACCACGGCCGGUCAUAAUAAAGCGCAGGAAAGUAGGCACAUAUCCAUGUCAGAUCUGCAGCAAGGUCUUCCUGCAUCAUUUGUCACUUAGGGCCCAUUACAGGCAGCACACAGCCUCAAGCUUCUCCACAAUCAAAAGUCAGCCUUUAGGACAAACCAAAGACUCAGAGUUAUCAGAAAAUGCAUCAAAUAAUGUAAAAUCCAGCAUAGCAGUAGGCAAGCCUGUGAAGGCCGGUCCACGGAGGCCCAGGAAAGGAACCAAAGUAGAGAACAAACUUGCUGACCGAAGGGGACGCAGAGAAGUGCCUGAUGAGGAUGAAGAACGGGAGAGAGAGUUCCCUUGCCCCUCCUGUGCCGAGGUUUUCUCUGUGCAAUCGCGGCUCCAGGAGCACGUGGAGCUCCACCAGUCGUCCGUGAAGCAGCGACAGUGCAGCGUGUGCACGAGUGAGAUGGACGCCUGUAAAUGGCCCAGCUCCAAGAGGCAGAGGCUGUACCACUGCGUGCCUUGCCACCAGGGUUUCUCAGCGCUUGACUCUUUCCUAGAACACUGUCAGGAGCACCUGCGACUCCGAGUGGAGGAGGACAGCAUCACAGAGGGCUACGCCUGAGAUCCAGUUUGAAUGUUAUCGGAUUGCCUUUUUGCCUUGAGGGGUUAGAGGGCACAGUGGUGAAAUCUUUGAUAUUCUCGUUGAGCUUACUGUGCUGUCUGAUGUUUUCCAUGCCAACACAUCAGGGGUUCAAUAGACUGACUUGCUAAAGGACUAUACUUGGCUUUUUGCAUGUUUUGUUUAGGGUUUUCACUGUGAAACACAUCCAUCACUGUCAUUGAUAAUCCAAAUCAUAAAGUAGUACUUUUUAGAACGUUAAAUUUGCUCCACGUCUCAGUCAGCCACUGGUUUCUUGUACGGUAUGUCAAUCCUUAGUGGUUCCAGUGGAGGCCUUUGUUGUGAAAUAAAACAAAACAAGAAGCGAAUGUGUUGGCAUUGCUUAAAGGACUAUGCGUAAGAAGUACCAGUGACCACUACACGUUGUAAUAAAUAGAAAACUCAUCAUACAAUAUACUUAAUAAUGUCUUUAACAAAGCAACAGGUGCACUGUGUUGGAUGCCUUCUUCUGGUGCUGGUUGAUGGUUGCACAUUGAAACCGUUGGCAACAUUAAAAGUAUUCUAAAAAACAUGCAAAACCCCUACUACAGUUUUUUAAUAGAAAUGGAUCAUUGACUCUACACCACUUGUUUGUACACAUCAGGA